AUGUUGUUGCGCAGGGCAGCGGCCUGGAAAUGGAAGGCAGUGGGACUCACUGCCUCCCAGGUUCGCUCCCUCCGACGUGCACUCCCUUCCGGACCGCGACCAAGUCAGGGGGCAGCAGCAGCUCUCGCUGCCGGGCGGUCCGGACCAGGGCACGUGGCGGCGCCGCCAUGCGAGGCGACGCAGGGGGCCGAGCGGCUCACGAAGUCGGGAGAACGGAACAGAGAAGGCGGCGGCCCGGAUGACCGUGGAGGGCAGACGUGGCCACGCACCGGCCCCGCAGAUGCCUUCACCCAUGGUGGGAGGAAGCGAGGCGACCGUGCCGGGCAAUUACGCCUCAGCACCGAAUGGAGUCGCGGCAAGAGGGCGUGCCGCCAUGCGGCAGACACCAGCGCGGGCCACAGGUGCGGUGGCCCAGGCCGAUGCAAGGUCUGGAAGCUGACGGAUUUGGACACGACGGACGGUCUCCGUGACUUCCUGGGUCUCCCGUGCAACGAAGGGGCAAGGGAAGGAUCCGCGAGCACACCGCCCCCAGUCAACUCGGAACGCAGCGACAAGGGGCGGAAGGAACCGGCAGGGCCGCCCGAGAAAGGGGUCAGGCGUGAACCGGAUCGGAGCGACAGCGAGGACGACCCGGAAGAAAGCCCGCCGCCAAGGGACUUCGGCGACAAGCUCGGGUUGCCUGAUUACGGCCCCAUCUGCUGCGGCUGCGGGAUGGGCAGUUGUCGCGGCAUCCAGCACCGGCAGGCCCUGGACUACUCCACCAUGAUCACUCGCCGCGCAGGGGGGGCAGGCAGCCCGCGCAUAGCCAUUUGCCUGGCCCCGGCCAGGAACGGCGCCAUCAGGCCGACAGGCACCGACCGCCGGCUGUGCGGGCACACCCCAUGUGAGCGGUGCGUGGUUUGGGUGCGGGGGUCGCCGAUGUGCCCCUGCUGCGCAAACCGAGCUAUGGCCUAUGGGUCGCAGCUGCAAGGAGCUGGGCCGCUCCCGCCGCUGGAUGCAAGGAACAGGCAAGCCGUCCCGGAGGGCGGGGCGGGGAAGCCACCACCAGCGAGCGGACAGGGCAGGGAUCGACGGGUGGACCUGAUCAGCCGCGGCGAGGCGCCGGCGAGGGCCCGGAGCCGGACGCCGGCGGCGAGAACGGCCUCACCCCGCAGACCGGCCUCACCGGAUGGAAGGACUGGGGGCGAGGAAUCGGGCCCGCCCGAGGAGGAGGCACCACGAAGAACCGCGGAAGCAAGCCCCGGGGCACCCAGACCGGCCUCUCCGGCUAGACGGGCCAGGGACGAGGAACGGAGCCCACGUGGAGCAGAGAGGCCACGGAAUAACAUGGAAUCAAGCGAAGAAGAGGAGGUCACGGACGAGGAGGAGGACAGGGAAGGCCUCUAUCGCAACAUCGCGGGAUCCAAAGGAGAUUGGGCAGAGAGGCCAGAACGCGCAGGGGGCGACUGGGAAAGUCACCAUCGUCGGGAAUGCAUGAACCCGCACUGCAACCGGCCGGCCCGGGGAUCGGACGAGAUCUGCUGCGGUCGUUGCACCGAAACACAGGGCCGGGAGCACUCCUUCAACUGUAAUGCCCGCACCUACGGUGACGACAAGAGGCGGUCGGGCCGGCCGUGGGGCGGAGGCGACGGGGGGAACGGUCCACCGGACCGCGGCGACCCGAACAGGCGCCGGGGAAGCGGAGGUGGCAAACCCAGCAAGAAGCCGAGCAAGGCCGCCAGGGACAGGGAACGCAACCUGUUCCGGAAAGGGAGCAAAGGAAAGGGGGGUCGUUCUCACCUGCAGCUGACUUUUGGGAAAGCACUGAAGCUAGCUGUCGCCACGGCUACGAGCCGGUCGCGGGCGUCCCGGCUCCGGACCUGGGAUCGAGCCAUCCAGCACCUUGCGGAACAGGAGCUGGUCCGGGUCGAGCCGGACGGGCGCAAGCUCAACCCGGAGCUACUCAAGGCGGGCACUGCCUACCUGCGGGCCCGGGGCUAUAGGUCAGCAGAAUUGUACGCCAGCACUGCAAUGACCCGUCACAAAGCAGUGUACCCAGUACCCGGGGCGCUGGAGAUCGCCGCGCGGGAGGCGACCCGCUUUGCGCGGCGGGCCAAUGCCCCGCCGCGAGGCAAACAACCGGCCCCCAUGCCUCAGCCGGAAAACCCCUUGUUUGAGGCGUUGUGCACUGGGAUAUGGUAUCUCCUCCGGGUGUCGGAACUGACAGCGCUGAACCUGGGAGACGUCCUGUGCACCCAAGGGCCCGGCGAGAUGCGGGUCGCCCUCCACGUCCGAAAGUCCAAAACGGACCAAGAGGAGGCAGGCGAGCUCGUCGCGCGGGCCUGCACGUGCGAGGCGCUUGAGGCACGGCCCUGGUGCCCGGCCCACACCGCAUGGAACCAUGCCCGCAAGCGCAUGGGCUCCCUUAGGGAAAUGGGAGGACGAGCGCCGGGAGCCCCGCUGUUCACGGACGCGGACGGGCACCGCCUGACCCAGAAGACCGUCACAGAGGCCAUCGAAUACGCGGCCGCAAGGGACGGGCAGGAAAUACGUAAGGACGGGUGGGCAUGCUUCGGGUCGCACAGCCUACGGGUCGCCGGGGCAAUUGCGGCCUUUGAGGCCGGGCUCCAGGAGGAGACAGUGAAGGCGCUGGGACGCUGGACCUCCACCAAGGCGAUGUAUGCCUACCUGAGGGGUACACCAUACACGAAGGCAGCCUGGGCCUCCAAACCCAUGGCACAAGUUUUGAUGCGCAACGCCCGGAGCCGGACAGGUGCCUUCCACCCCCUUCCGAUGGAAAGCAGUAUCGAAGGAAAGGGGAAGGGAGCGGGCAAGAAUGUCGAAGAAUUGGGAGGCAACCUGACGGUCCGGAACAGCCUAACCGGCCUGAUCCACAGGGUAGGGCAAACUACAGGCCCACCCGAGGACUGGAUCACGUGGUGUGGCUGGAGAUGGGCUGCCACCGGGGCAGCGGGGGCCUACACCUUGAAGGACGAAGAAACGCUGCAGCCCAGACCACCGCAGCACUCGUCUGGAAAAAGAGAGUGCAUGAUUGAGGGCGGUCGGGACGAAGAAACGCUGCAGCCCAGACCACCGCAGCACUCGUCUGGAAAAAGAGAGUGCAUGAUUGAGGGCGGUCGGGCGAUGGCUGAUGUUACUCUGUCGGACGGUUUUGCUCAAGGAAAGCACGUGGCUCGGGCGUUUGAGACGUCCUGGUGUUGCUCCACUGUCCAAAAUGGAGUUCAGCCCGUUUGUGGAGCUGAGUGCUGUGCGCCUCAGCUGACGAUUCGUCGCGGCUUCAAUCAUGUGGAGCCUACUUCCAGCGAGACACCUGACGUGGCUUUCUACUUUUCCUAUUCUCAUCCCAAUCUGUUGGAUGUCUUUUUAGUGCUGGCUCAGCUAAAGUGGCGCGUCCACGACCCGGGCGCCGUGAUGAAGAAGGUGGUGCUGUUCGCGCAGGACUGA